AUGGCGAUAAAGUCGCCUGAGGUUGCCGGCUGGAUCGAUGGACCAGCCUCCAGCCCCCAUCACCCAGAUGAGACGGACCCCCAGCUUCUCAAAGACAACUCUACCGUCAGAUCUUAUACCACCACUCGUUUCACGUAUCCGUCCAUACGCACUUUUUAUCGACGACAUCCUCGCGUCGAUCAGCUCCCCAAACCAGCGGCACCCCUGCUCGUGUUUAUCCAUGGUCUUGGCGGUUCCGUCGCGCAAUUCCACCCGCUGCUGACCAGCUUGGUGCACCUCUCCUCGUGCCUCGCCGUCGACCUCCCCGGCUGCGGACGAUCAGCGUUUGAUCCAGCACCAUGGGAGGCCUACUCCUUCGAGGCCCUCGUCGAGCUCCUGGAGGUCGUCAUCGAGGAGCACCGUCAGAAGGAUCCGGAGGGUACGGUCAUCCUUAUCGGUCACAGCCUAGGGACCGCCUUCAGCGCACGUCUCGCGAGUCGCAGCAAACCUGGCCGCACUCGCCUCUCAGAUCAUGUCGUAGCACUGGUGGGAAUCUGCCCCGUGUCCGCCCCGCCUCCAGAGGACAAGGUGGUGCUAUUCAAGAGACUUUUAUGGAUCCCCGGCUGGAUCUUCGACCUCUGGCGACGGUGGGAUCGGUGGGGUGGACCUACCAGCGCCAGUGUCAAUCGAUUUGUUGGCGCAGGCGCUGACCUUCACUUGCGCAAGAUUCAGGACCGCUUCAACACCCAGAGCCGCACGCCCGUCUGGCGCCGCAUGGCCUGGGGAACGUUACCUGAGUUCGAGGGCGGGACGGCCAAGGGUGGCAUGCCGGGUCUCGAUGUCUGGGCUGGCCUCAACAUCCCAGUCCUCCUCGUUGGCGGUGAAGCUGACACCAUCACAUCGGCCAAGGAAGUUGCCAAGAUCGAAACGCGUCUAUCAGGCAAGGGGGCCUCUCCCUCCGAGGUGGCAUCGGAAGAUGGCGACGAGGAACUUCCCGACUCGGCUGCGCCAGUGAAUACGUCAACGAAACCGUCCGAUCACCUGCCGGCAACCAUUGACGAUAUUCGCGAAGAAGAUUUCAACCGAGACCGGCGAAUGGUGAACCGCGAUGACAGUACGCAAGACGAUCCGUCCACGCCGAACGGAGGGUCAGGCCAGCAGCAUCCCGCCCAGCCACGCCACCCGCAAAGACUUUCAAGGUCCAUCAUCCUGCCGGCACCCGCCAACCAUGCUCUCCUGUACAUGCCUGCCACGGUGCGCAUUCUGUCGGGCGUCAUCUCCAAGUUUUUGCAAGACAAUGUGACGAAUCGUCUCAAUCUCGGCUGGCAGCUGCAGCACCUGAACCGCGAGGGCAAGUGGGACGUCAAGAACCUAGAAAAGUGGAAGAAGGUCGCGCCCGUAUCGGCCCCCAUCGGCCGCCCCGGUGCCCCCGUAUUCCGCGCCAUGAAGACCCUCCGCGAGACGGACGAUGUCCACAGUCCCUCGGAAUUCGCCCAGGCCUGGGGCAGCAUCAUCCGGACUGUCAUUGAUAUCAGCCACGACCAGCCCGUGUACGACCCGUUGACGAUGGAGCAGGAAGCUGGCAUCACGUACCGCAAGUUCGCGACGGUUUCCAAGGUGCCCCCGCGCGACGCCGAGGUCGACAUGUUCAUCCAGCUCGUGGACCAGCUCCGCGAGACACAGCGCUUGGCGAGCGAGGGUCGGGAGGAAGAGGUCGACGACGACGAGAAGAAGCAGGUCAUCGGCGUUCACUGCCACUACGGCUUCAACCGGACGGGGUAUUUCUUGGUGUGCUACCUCGUCGACCGGUGCGGGUUUGAAGUGCAGGAGGCCAUUGAUGCGUUUGCCAGGGCGAGGCCGAACGGGAUACGGCACUCGCACUUUUUGGAUCAGCUCUUCAUGCGGUAUUCCGGCGUCGAGGGUGCCGGGGUGGCCCCCGGGGCUGGAGAGGAGCGAUAG